CCACACCCCUAACAGGGAAAAAAAAAAGCGCCGCCGCCGCCAUCGAGACGCCUCCCUUCGUCCCCUCAUUUGCCGCCGCCGCCGGUCGCUAACUUCUCGUCUUCCUCAGCCGCCUCCAGUGCCCGCUACACUUCGUCGUAGCCGCCGGCGCAUCGGCGUCGUCUUCCCCUCCUCCCCGGCUCGUUCCUCCGCCUCGCCCCGAUAUGACUGGGUCGUCUAAGAAGUCUGAGCUCAAAUCUAAGCAAAAACUGGAAAAGAAGCUCAGCUUUUACACAAAAGUAAAAGAUGCUGUUACUUCCUUAAAUGCUAAGAAGACUAUCAGUAAGAAACAGAACCAGAGUCAUCGCCAGAAGAAACUGAAAGCAUAUGAUCUCUCAGCGCUCUCCGAGUUCCUUCCCGAACCAGCUGCACCGGAGCAGAAGACCGAAGUAAAGCUGAACUGCAAGUCAAGGCAGACUUUAGUGCUACGGGAAGCUGCUCAUCUGAAGGCUGUACUGAACAACCCGCAGUUCCAGCUCGAUCCGUUCGCCACGAUCCACCAGCACCUGCUAGCAACGCAGCCACCUGCAGCUGCGAAGGACGAUGCCGCCAAGCACGGGAAGAACUCCAAGGACAAGAAAAGGAGGAGGAAGAAGAAGAGCGCUUCGUCCAGCUCCCAAGCAAUGGAUAUCUGAUGCUGUAGCAUUGCAUUUGCAGGGAUAUAUAUGCUCGAUGGUUCGGAGGCCAUCUCCCCUGUUUCGUGAGUGAGAGCUGAACUUGUCGAAACUUGGUAUCGAUGUGCGUCAAAAUUUAGUUGCGGUAGAGCUAGUAUUUCUCUCUACUGAGUGAAGUUCACUGGAUCGUUGAGCACCCCAUCAACAUUUCUGAAAACAAAAUUCCUUCAAAAAACAUUU